AGUCCUCUCACAUCCUAACAGGAGCAGAGAACAGGAGAACAGUGAGGCUUUUUCAUUUCACACGUCUUCUCAGGACAGGUACACGUCUGCGCUCAGCACAGUGUAUAAUGAUGAAGACGCCGUUCUGGACUCUCCUGCUGAUGGGGCUGUUUGUCCCCGGACGUGGUGACUGUCAGAGGGACUGCAUGUCCUGCAGCCAAAUCCUUCACAGCUUUGACACACUGGUCUGCCUGGUGGAAUGUCGCAGCAGGGUUGAUCUGGGGCUCACGUGGGAGAGAUGUCAGAGCACCUUGAAGGAGGAACCCCUGACGUCCCUGUCUGUAGGGAACUCCGUGCUGAAAAGAGCUGAGGAGGAAGUGGAAACCGUCCUGCCGAUGGGUCAAUCCGACGGAGGACUGACGUAUUCUGGAACCCUGCAGCGGUUCGAUCACGUUGCACGGGCUUUGGGUCUCGAACACGAACUCAGCCAGGAGAGUCAAAUCUCCCAGUUCAGCCCGAUCUCUGUCCAGCCUCCACCUGCACAGGAACCUGACCCUGAGGACUGGGAGCUGAAAAGCGAAGAACCAUUGAAGCUCAGCAAACGUUUCGGAGGCUUCCUCAAAAGCAAGUACGGCUACAGGAAGUUCAUGGACCCCGGCCGGGUCGUGCAGAAGAGAUAUGGCGGCUUCAUCGGCAUCCGCAAGUCGGCCCGCAAGUGGAACAACCAGAAACGCUUCAGCGACUUUCUAAAGCAGUACCUGGGCAUGACCACUCGAGCCAGCGAGUUCAACAGCGUGUCCACUGACAUCAGCCAGCAGAAGCAGGUGUGAGUAUCACCGCUAGUGCUGCGUUUCCCCAGCAAGGCCUUCAUCUCUUAAUUCACCUUCUUUACAAACAAAAAACAACAAAAAAAUGGACCUCUUCGACAUGGUAGCAAAUCUCUGAGUCUUUGUGGAGUUUUAUUUCUUUUCUAUCAGAAGUUUGCAGAAGCUUCAUUGCAUCAGAUAAUCACACCAAGCUUCAGUGCUAAUAAAAACACAAAAGCAACAAACAGCAACAACACACACACACACUCACACACACACAUUGAAAAGUCAAAAUCAAGAGUUAGUCUUUAAUAGCAGGGUCUGGUACGUUGGAGAUGUCUUAACUUGGUGUGCAAACUUUCCCUAGGUCUGUAAAUAGUGAUUUCCCUUACUACCCUUCAUUCAUGCUAGAAUGUACCGAUCCUCUUGUGGGCGUGGCCUGUUUUCACCCCACCGCCCAGAGACAGGAUUCGAAAGUGAGCGCAAAAGAUAAACACAAAAUAAAGAAUGCAAUCUCUUAGGCUACGAGCUAGCUUACUUGUCAGGUUAGCAAAGCAAGCUAACUGUACGAGCUACUUACGGUCAACAGAAUCUGUGCAGAUGAUCUGUGCUACAACCUUCACAUCUAUUUCUCUUCAUGAUUGUCCCUGUUCUCGAUUAACGAGAGGUUGUGUACAAUGAAGGAUAAACAAAACUAACAAAAUCACACGCAGGAAAUAAACUGGAAAUGAACAGGAGGCUCAGAGUCCAGGAAAAAAGGUGCAAAAUUCCCAUUGCAACAAGGACAUGUGAAAAGACAGGCAAGGAGAUGCGGGACACACGCAAAGAAUGCUGUAGGGAUUAGAGAAUAUGGAAUAGGGAAUAGUGAUUAGGGAUUAGGGAACAACGAUUAGGGAAUAGGGAUUAGGGAAUAGGGAGUAGGGAUUAGGGAGUGUCUCAGAAGCUAAGUCUACCUAAAGCUAUCCGCUUUCCAAUUUCAGAAAUUCAGGGGAUUUGUCUUAGUUUUAAAAUGAAGAAGAAGAAAAGGACUGAAAAUGCUGACAUUAAAGUCAGCAGUAGCUUAUUACACGUUAUAAGGCUUUUAAAUAAAUUAUAACAGUUCUUAAAGAACUUAAGACUUGGUUAAGACACCAGGGUGAUGUAAUAAACCCUUUCUGUUUACAUAUGCAGCUUAUAACUUGUUAUAUUUCAGCUAUAACAUCACAGGACUGUUUAUCAGCUCAGUAACACUGAUGUUAUUAAUUAUUUAAGAAUAAAUGUCCACUAAAGUCGAAUGUGUCAUGCUGACGUGCCGAAAUAGCGUGUUAUGAAUGCAUUCAUACAGCAGACAGGUGCAGAACUGUGACCUUUGUAGGAAGUGUUUGCUGUCUUAACUUUGUAGAAGGUUCCACAGGGGCAUUAUGGACACACACACACACACACACACACACUGUAUUUUAAUUGGCUAUUUAAAGUUUCCUAAUCUUGUUCUACAUGAAGAAGAGAGAAGCUGAAGAUCCUUCUAGAACUUUUCUGCUGUUUUUCUGUUUCUAAAUCGUGAAGCUUCAUGUGUUCAGAAAGUUAAAGCACAGCGACAUCUAGUGGUCAUUAACAGCACUACAGUCCAUCCCGCCUUUCACUCCCCGACUCGAAAAGAAUCAGAUUCAGAACCGGAGAGGAACCGACUCUCUUCUGCAGCUUCACUCAUGAAAAUCUUCUGCAUCUGGAUUUUAUUUCAUUUCACAAACUCAAGUCAUUUAAAAUGAAUAAUAAUAAUAAUAAUAAUAAAUUAAGCAAAGUGUAAUGUAUUUAUGUAAACGAAUAUUUAUGACUUUUUUUGUUUGUUUUUAAUUUUACUGAUCGAACCAUAAUAUCAUAUUAAUUGUACAU